AUGACGGAAUUGGAGGAUUCGAUUAAUGAGAUUAGUUCUCAUGAGUGGGAAAGUAAUUUGGCUAAAAUAAUUUGUGGAAGCUUAGUAAGCUUAAAUGAGUUAAUAGAAGAUAUUUCAGAUGAAGAUUUGAAUGAGGUUUUAAGUGACCAAAACAAGUUUUGUGUUUUUGAAUGUUUUUUUGAGCCAUUGCUAUAUUACAAAAACAAACAUAAUUUGCCCCCAAAUAUGCCUAAAUCUAAUGAUGAAUCAAAUGAAGGUGAAUUUAUUUUGAAGAAUCCUUUAUACUCCGAAAGCGAAAAUAAAGACUUGGGUGAAUUAUUUAGAUUUGGGAAAACUCCCAAGGUGAGUAUUCAGGAACUAUUUGGGUUUGUAUUAAGUGUGUUACAUUUUGGAGGGUUUAAUGUUUCAAGUUUUGUAUUAUCAGUGAUAAAUAUGGCAAAAUUUGUAGAGAAAAUAAAAAUACCUAUAUGCCAACAUAAUUGGAGACCGAUUUUUAUAACAUCCUUACUUUUAUCUGAUAAGUUAUGGGAUGAUAGUUGUGCAAAAAGUGGAGAUUUAGCAAGAACCGUUGGAUUUAUCUCUCCAAAAACCUUAAAGUAUUUGGAACUGAUUUUCUGUGAGGAACUAGAUUGGAAGAUUACAUUCAAGCUUGAUACAAUAAAGGCCUUUAUUUCAAAAAUCGUGAAUACAAAAUUAGAUUCAGAAUUAAUCGAAAGAGUGAUUAGCUCAGAAACUUACCAGUCAUACUGUUAUGAGGGAAUUCAUGACCAAAAUGCAGUGAAGUAUGGUGUUUCAGUAGAGAAGUUGGAGAACAAAAAUAUGAUGAAUAAUAGUUUACAAUCUUUAGAGUUAGCAAAAAUUAAUAACCAGAAAAUUGGUCAAAAGUUUAACCAAACAAUGAAUAAUUAUCGAAAAAGAUCAGAAUCUCCAUCUUUUUUUAAUAAUCAAAAUCAACAUCAAAGAAUCCCACCUUCAAUAUUACACCAACCGCAGUUACAGAGAGGAAUGUCAUUUCAUGGGAAUCAUCGUCCAUUUAACACUCAAGCUGCAAAUUCAGCUUUCAUUAAUACUACAGCCACUGCAAUGCCGCGUCCAAUGGGAAACCAGACAAUAAUACCAACUAGUUUUGGAGCUAAUCAACACCAUCUGAAUCUUCAGAACUCAAACGUCAAAAGGCCUUCAGUUCCGAUGCUAACACCUUCGGGAGGUUAUACAACGUUAAAUAGAUCUUUUUAUAGCCCUGCUAGAAACCAAAUGAGUGUUAAUAAUAAUAAUAAUAACAGUAAUGCUGUAUAUGGAUCCAGCCUAAACUUGAAGAAUAAUAUUGCGAGCCUUACGAGUCCUAAAUCCAAUUUCACGAAUAAAACACACCAAUACCCCGGUUUAUCUGCUGUUGUAAAAACUCCUAAUUCUAACACUUUAGCAUUAGGAAGAAACUCCAACGGUGAAAAUUUCCCUAUUGGAAACUAUAUAAGAUCAGUUACUCCUGAUACUCAUUUUAAAAAUAAAGUCAUUAAUUCGGCAAAGAACCCUGAAGUUGCCCACUCAAAUAGUAAUGUUAAUCUCAAUCUUUCAUCAUCAAAUGAGCGUGGAAGAGAUACAAGUUGCCUAUCUAACUUAAAACACCCAACCACUUUUCAUACUGCUACUAGGAUGAAUUCAAAUCCUAACAUUGAGCAAAAACCUAGUAGUCAAUCUCGUUAUAGUGGUUUAAUCAAAAGAUCCAGUUCGGAGCAUUCUAGAUUAAAUCCUGCUAAUUCCCAAGGGAAUCAACAUAUUACACAGCAACUUCCACGCCCUCCUCCUGUCCCUCAAUUCAGAAGAGGUGGUGAAGAUGGUUUCUUUUCUAUGGCUAGAAAUAAGGUGUCUUCCGCAUUUUCAUCUAUCACUAGGACUUUUGGCCUAUCUUCUCCAGAAUCUAAUCAAAUCAAUGAAAAUCAUUUUCAAGAAUCUAAUAUUGUAUUAUCUAAUUCAAACCAAAUUAGUCCUACUAAUAACCCAAAUAAAUGUGAACUUAAGCCUGUGGAAUCAGAGUCAUCCCUUACAAAACGAAAGAUUGAGUCCAAUUCAAGCCAAGAUUUCAAUCAACAAACAAGUUUCCAAGAAUUUACCCACCAAAGCAACUCUGCUCUUAUUUCCACCUCUUCGAAACCAGCUUUUUCUAAUUCGAAUCAAAGAAACCUCUCUAUGCCUCCAAAGAGUAACCCUGUACUUUCUCAACUAUCGGAAGACCAACAGAAAUCUGCUCUAGUAAAUAAGAUUGGCAUUACUUCCAGUUCAAACUCCUGUUCUGGAGUCGAAAAAACACCAACACAAGUAUUAAGUGAGCAUCAUUUCAGAGCAUUAUCUACAGAAAGAACUUGUAUUAAUAAUCAUAAUAAUCAUCAACAUCUAUUUCUUCGUCAAAGUUUGGGCACAGGCUACAAUCAAAUAGUUAAAAAUGUCUCUUCAACCCCUAACAGUAUACCUGAAAAACAACCACCAGUCUCUCUCUCGGCAGCAUGGACUUCAAAUUCCUCAUAUAUUCGUGCUCCCCAGACUCUUUUGCAUAAGCCAUCCUCUCUUUCAGACCGUUUUGGCGGCAAUAUGCAUGUAAAUACAGGGCGCCAAAGCGUGGGGAGAACUGCAAGUCAGGUCCAAAACAUGGUAUCACAAACCCCAUCAAUUGGUAGUGAGUUGUUUGGGAGAGCAGGAAAAACAGCAAGAAUAGGAACAGGAGUUAGUUUGAACAGGAACAUGUCUUUGGUAGGUAAGAAUGUGCACUCACAAGAAACAAAUCAGGUGAACUCUACUCAAGCAACAGGAACUAGAGUUCCAAAUGGGAUAAUAGGCAGCUUGUUUAAUGGAAAGCCAAGAAUGCAGAGUUCCGGUCCAUCUAACCCAGCUAAUACUGGUUUGAGGCCAGUUUCAAUGCAACCAGCGAGCUCCAAAGGAAUCUUUUCGUCAUCAUCUGUGUCUAAAUCAUCAUUAUUCUCUGUGGAUAACUUGAUAAAUCCUAUAAGCAGCUUUUUGAAAGGAAAAAGCCCAUCCAUUUCUUCAAGUAUCCUAAAAACUCCAGGAGUUCAAAUUGGAUCAGGACCUAUUUCAACCUUUGGUCUUUCAGUAAGAAAGUAA